UUACCUAAUACGACGACGUGUGUUUAUAAUCACAAUCACUUUUCCCUCGUACAAACCCUCAGCUUCUUAAAUCUUUCCAGAGCUGCACCUGGAAGCAGCCACAGUUGACGAUGGCCUUGAUCAAAUCAAAAUUGCGCAUAUCCCAUUCCUUCCCUUUCUCUCAACUUACUCUUAGACCCUUCUCUGCUUCAUCUCCUUCUCCCUCCAUUGAAACCUCUCUAUCCACUCAAGCUGCUGCUUUAUCUCCCGAAGAAGAUGAAUUAAACCUACAAGACGAUGACUUAAACGACGAUGAAAAAGCCAUAUCCACCCAAACUGCUGCUCUAUCUCCGGAAGAAAGCGUAGUAGCAGACAAGUUUCACUCUUUAAUCAAAGAACAUCACCGCAAGAAUCCAAAUUCUGACUUCACCACCCAUCUUUCUGCUGACUUCUCCCAGGUCCUUAGAUUCCAUCCUGUUUCCAUUUCCUCCUCCAUCGUCCGCCACGUAAUCGAGAAAUGCGGUGCUGUCCGCCAUGGCAUCCCCGUGGUCCAGGCUCGCGCUUUCUUCAACUGGGCCACGGGUGCAGAUGGGUUCGUCCACUCCUCCGAGCCCUACAACGAGAUGAUGGAUCUCGCUGGAAAGGUAAGGCAAUUCGAUUUGGCAUGGCAUAUAAUCGAUUUAAUGAAAGGUAGAAAUGUCGAAAUUAGUACCAAGACUUUCUCCAUUCUUAUUCGCCGGUACGUCCGGGCUGGAUUAGUUGCGGAAGCUAUCCAUGCAUUUAACCGUAUGGAGGAUUACAAUUGCAAGCCUGAUAAGAUUGUGUUUUCAACUUUGAUUAGUUAUCUAUGUAGGAAGAGAAAAGCUAGCGAAGCUGAGUCAUUUUUUAAUGGUUUAAAGGAUAAAUUUGAGCCUGAUGUCAUUUUGUACACCAACUUGGUUCGUGGGUGGUGCCGGGCCGGAAAUAUAUCGGAGGCCGAGAGGGUAUUUGGAGAAAUGAAAAUGGCUGGCAUUAAGCCUAAUGUGUAUACAUACAGUAUAGUCAUUGAUGCUUUGUGUAGAUGCGGGCAAAUUACGCGUGCUCAUGAUGUUUUCUCAGAGAUGCUUGAAGUUGGAUGUGAACCAAAUGCUGUAACUUUUAAUAAUCUUAUGAGAAUUCAUGUUAAAUCUGGAAGGACUGAGAAAGUUCUGCAAGUCUAUAAUCAAAUGAAGAGGCUUGGAUGUCCUCCUGAUACUAUUACUUACAAUUUUCUCAUAGAGACACACUGUAAGGAUAAGAAUCUUGAUAAUGCUAUUAAAUUGCUCAAUUCCAUGGUUAGGGAAGGAUGUAGGCCAAAUGCUUCUACUUUCAAUGUUUUAUUUGGGUGCAUUGCAAACUUACAAGAUGCGAAUGCAGCUCAUAGGAUGUAUGAUAAGAUGAAGCAGUUGAAUUGUAAGCCGAAUACAGUGACUUACAAUAUCCUGAUGCGAAUGUUCGCUGUGUCGAAAUCUAUUGAUAUGGUUCUAAAGUUUAAGAAAGAAAUGGAUGAGAAUGAUGUCGAGGCUAAUGUGAAUACCUACCAGAUUCUGAUUGCAAUGUUUUGUCAAAUGGGGCAUUGGAAUAAUGCCUACAAAUUCUUAACAGAGAUGAUAGAGGAGAAGUCCUUGAAACCAAGCCUGCAAAUUUACGAGAUGGUUCUGCAGCAGCUAAAUAAGGCUGGGCAGUUAAAGAAGCAUGAAGAUUUGGUACAGAAGAUGGCAAACAGGAGAUUUGUUACUCACCCUUUGUAGAAGAAGCUAUGCAAUCUGCCCAUUAGCUAUAUUAGGCGAGCUUCAUCUCUUGUUUGUAGCUUAAUUACUUAUUACAUUUUUGUUUGAUUUAUCAAAGCUAUAAUCUUUGAUAUCAUAGUGAGACAUUGUAACAUUAUGGGCAUCUGAUGGAUUGAUUUUUGAUAAUUCUGUCAUAUGAUUUGAAGAAUCAAAUUAAUCCUGAC